AGCUGAAAAAGCUAAUAAUACACACAACUCUCGAUUUCUUGCUCUUGUUUAUUUCUUGUGAUCCAUUCUUCUGAAUUGGAUCAUUUGGUGGAUUUAUUGUCCAUCAAAUUGGUGCUUUCAUUGAGAGCUCGAGAAUCAUACUCAAGAAAAACCUCCCACCAAAAACAAUGGUGCAAACCUGUAGCAACGCAAACCUGGGUACUAGAAUCCCACUCCAGGGCGAGAAUAGUGCCACCGGAGGUCAGCACCCUCCCAUUAGCAUGACAGAGGUGGAAGCCCUCAUCCAAAGGGUCGGGAUCACCGCGGAGCAGUUCAAGGAGGUGAUGGCGACCCUAACCCCGAACCGCGAAGUUGUGGUGGAGGAUGCGACCAGGGAACCGGCUAGAGGGAAGGCUGGGCCUGCAGGCUCUGGGGGGGAAAAAGAAGAAGAAGGCAACUUUAAGACCCUUCAAAUCAAGGCAUACAACGGGACAACUGAUCCCCAAGACCAUCUCGCUCGCUUUGGGGCGAACGUGGUUAUGUACGCCUACCCUACAGAGAUCAAAUGCCAAAGCUUCCUAGAAACGCGAGAGGGACAAGCCUGCAAAUUGUUCCAUAAGCUGCCCAAAGGGUCGAUCGAUAAGUGGAGCGACUUGGCCCAUAAAUUUCUCGAGCACUUUGCAUCCAGCCAGAGACAGAAACUCACAUUCUCACACCUACUUAAUGUGAAGAUCCGGAAGGGGGAGCAACUCCGGGAAUUUAUCAAUAGGUGGGAGAAGGAGGCCAGGGACGUCCAGGGGGCGGACAACCAAGCCUUGAUCGCGAUGCUCCAAGCGGCACUCCCUCAGUGGGAUGUGCGCAAGGAGCUGCGACGGAAUCCAUUCUCUACCUAUUAGGAAAUGCUGGCUAGGGCAAAGUACCCGGUGUUAGAAGAAGAAGACGACGAGCCGCUCGUCUAGAAGGAGAAGAAAAGCGGACGACCAAC